GUCAUCCAGCUCCUAUAUAUAAUCAUCUUAAUCCCAGCCAAGAUCUCAGUCUCAGCUCAUCCAAGUUCCAACGCACCUGCAGAUCACAGACAGAAAUUAAGCACAUCUCUAUAAGAUCGAUUGAUUAUCUCCACACCAACUUACGAACACAAGAUGUUUGGCCACCACAAGAACGAGGAGCAGGCGGCGGCGGCGCCGGCCAAGGUGGCCACCGCCGGCGACUACCGCAAGGAGGAGAAGCACCACAAGCACAUGGAGCAGCUCGCCAAGCUCGGCGCCGCCGCCGCCGGAGCAUACGCCAUGCAUGAGAAGAAGGCGGCGAAGAAGGACCCGGAGCACGCGCGGUCGCACAAGAUGAAGGAAGGGAUCGCCGCCGCCGUCGCCGUCGGCAGCGCCGGCCUCGCCUUCCACGAGCACCACGAGAAGAAGGAGGCCAAGAAGCACCGCCGCCAUGCCCACCACCACUGAUUCAUGCAUCCAUAUGCAUUGCAUUGCUACUUUGCUAGCUUCAUCGUACGUGUAUACGUACGGAUAUAUAUGCCACUACAUGUGUAUUUAUGUUUGAUUGUUUUUUCAUUCAUUUCUUAGUACGUUUCUCUUCUUGUUCUUAUUCUGCUUGUAGUAGCUAUACUAUAUAUGUGUAUGUACAAAAUACGAGUAAAUAAAUAAGAGAAAUAUCAUGUUCUCCU